GGAGAGUGCGCGGCGGGUGGCGGCGGCCGGGGAGGCCGGGGAGGCCGCGGCGCGGUCACUGAGAGCCGAGCCGAACCGCGCUGAUCGCCAUCCGGGCCGGGCCCUCGCGCGCGAACCGGGCCAGCGGCGCAGCCCCGCGGGCCCUGCGGCGCCGUAGCCCAUGGAGCUCGAGAACAUCGUAGCGAACACGGUGCUACUUAAGGCCCGAGAAGGUGGUGGUGGGAAUCGCAAAGGCAAAAGCAAAAAAUGGCGGCAGAUGUUACAGUUCCCCCACAUCAGCCAGUGCGAAGAGCUACGUCUCAGCCUCGAGCGUGACUACCACAGCCUGUGUGAGCGGCAGCCCAUCGGCCGCCUGCUGUUCCGUGAGUUCUGUGCAACAAGGCCCGAGCUGACCCGCUGCAUUGCCUUCCUGGAUGGGGUGGCUGAGUAUGAAGUGACCCCUGAUGAGAAGCGGAAGGCAUGUGGGCGGCGGUUAAUGCAGAAUUUUCUGAGCCAAACGGGUCCCGACCUCAUCCCUGAGGUCCCUCGGCAGCUAGUGACUAACUGUGCUCAGCAGCUGGAGCAGGGGCCCUGCAAAGACCUCUUCCAGGAACUUACCCGGCUGACCCACGAGUACCUGAGCGUGGCCCCUUUUGCCGACUACCUCGACAGCAUCUACUUCAACCGUUUCCUGCAAUGGAAGUGGCUAGAAAGGCAGCCAGUGACCAAAAACACCUUCAGGCAGUACCGAGUCCUGGGCAAAGGUGGCUUUGGGGAGGUGUGUGCCUGCCAGGUACGGGCAACAGGCAAGAUGUACGCCUGCAAGAAGCUGGAGAAGAAGCGGAUCAAGAAGCGGAAAGGGGAGGCCAUGGCGCUCAACGAAAAGCAGAUCCUGGAGAAAGUGAACAGUAGGUUUGUAGUGAGCUUGGCCUAUGCCUAUGAGACCAAGGAUGCCCUGUGCUUAGUGCUGACCCUGAUGAAUGGAGGUGACCUCAAGUUCCACAUCUACCACAUGGGCCAGGCUGGCUUCCCUGAAGCACGUGCUGUCUUCUACGCUGCUGAAAUCUGCUGUGGUCUGGAGGACCUGCACCGGGAGCGCAUUGUGUACAGGGACCUGAAGCCAGAGAACAUUCUGCUGGAUGACCAUGGCCACAUCCGCAUCUCUGACCUGGGACUGGCUGUGCAUGUGCCCGAGGGCCAGACCAUCAAAGGCCGAGUGGGCACUGUGGGCUACAUGGCUCCGGAGGUGGUGAAGAAUGAGCGGUACACAUUCAGCCCUGACUGGUGGGCGCUAGGCUGCCUCUUGUAUGAGAUGAUCGCUGGUCAGUCGCCCUUCCAGCAGAGAAAAAAGAAGAUCAAGAGGGAGGAGGUGGAGCGGCUAGUGAAGGAGGUGCCCGAAGAGUAUUCAGAGCGCUUUUCCCUGCAGGCCCGCUCACUCUGUUCCCAGCUCCUCUGUAAGGACCCUGCCGAGCGCCUGGGUUGUCGUGGGGGCAGCGCCCGGGAGGUGAAGGAGCAUCCUCUCUUCAAGAAGCUGAACUUCAAACGGCUGGGAGCCGGUAUGCUAGAGCCACCCUUCAAGCCUGAUCCCCAAGCUAUUUAUUGCAAGGAUGUUCUGGACAUUGAACAGUUCUCCACAGUCAAAGGUGUGGAGCUGGAGCCUGCCGACCAGGACUUCUACCAGAAGUUUGCUACAGGCAGUGUGCCCAUCCCUUGGCAGAAUGAGAUGGUAGAGACGGAGUGCUUCCAAGAGCUGAAUGUCUUUGGGCUGGAUGGUUCAGUUCCCCCAGACCUGGACUGGAAGGGCCAGCCGCCUGCACCACCCAAGAAGGGGCUGCUGCAAAGACUCUUCAGCCGCCAGAGGUGAGCAGUGUGGGCUCCCCGUGGGUUGGCCUCGGGGAGCCACGGGCAGCCCUUCCAUGGCAGAGGCAAGAUGUGGGAGAAAGAAGUCUGGUGCCCGUCCCCCCCACUCCCACCCACUGCUUCGGUUUCCUGCACCCUGGCCCCUUUGAGCUACCAGCCUUGCUUAGUCUUACGCCAUGCUCUGCCUCCACUGGCUUCAGAGAGAGGGCUGGAUGAAGGCCUGGCCCUGGCAGACACUGGGAUCCACCCAGACCCCCUCAGUCUAUUGCCAGCAACUUCUGCCUUGACACCCACCCAUGUGUGGCCUGAGCUGCUGCUCCAGGCCCCUCAUGGGCAGCCCUUCCCCAGAGCAUGACCUUGGGAGCUUCUGGCCUGCCCCAGCAGGGGUGGCCCUACGUGUGGUCCCUGGUGGCUAAUGGCACCCGCUCUGCCUCUCUCCCUCCGUGUCUUCCCCUUCCCUACAGGAUUGCUGUGGGAACUGCAGUGACAGUGAGGAAGAGCUCCCCACUCGACUCGAGCUCCCCACUCGCCUCUAGCCCCCAGUCUGAGGCGCCCACCAGCGGCUGGCGGUAGCAGCUACUCCGAGCGCUGUUUACAGUUUUGCACAGCGGUCUUCCCUGUUGUCCACUUGAGUUGUGGCCUGGGGAAUAGCCGGAGCUGUCCCCAGUGUCCUCUGCCCCUCAGUCUCUGGCCUGGCUGAGUUUGGCAAGGCCUGGGCCUUCCUUGGGACAAAGGUGCGUCCCUUCAGCUCUCCUCCAUGGAGCUCGGGACUUUCUGUAUUUAUGUAUUUGUACGAAUGUAUAUAGCAACCAAACGUUCUUAACUCCCACUCUAGACCUGGCAGCCCUGCCUCAGCUCCCUGGGACAGUGGGCCCUGGCUGAGAAAGUGGGAGCUGGCAGAGGAGCCACUGCCAAACUCAAGGCGCCUCAGGCCCAGCUUGGAUGGGCCAAGACUGGGCCAGACCCCCAAUGUGCUGGCCACCAUUGGCCUUCAAGUGAGACUCAUGCCUGCCCCUGCCGCCCUGGGCUCAGGCUGCUACUUUCUGGGGCCCAUUUUAGUCCCUUCUCAGUGCUUGUCAGAGCUGGAUAUGGGGCCCAUGUCCCCUAGGUCUGUGCCAAAGUGUGAGCAGAGAUUGGCUGGCCCAAGGCCCAUCAGACCCUGUGCCAGGUGUGUAUGCAUCUGCCUUCCAGCUCCCAGGCGCCUCAUCCUUGAUGCUGGGCCCUGUCCUGAAGACGCCUCUUUCAGAAAUGCCCCUACCUAGGCCAUGGGUGGAGGUGUCCCUGGCUAACCCUGAAUCAUUCCGGACUCCCUUCAUAAUAACAGACACAUGUGCCCAGCAAUAACCUGCCCCUCCCUGUUGUGUGUGUGGGGUAGUGUGUGUGUGUGUGUGUGUCUGUGUGUGUCUGUGUGUCUGUGAGUGUAUGAAGAGGGUAGGGUAAGGCUGUGCCUGAGCCCCACGCCCUAGUCGUGGCCCUUCCCAGACUGUGAUAUACGUCCUGGUCCCGGUGUUAGGGUAGUGUGGGAUUUCAGGGCCCUGGUUUUCCGUAUUUAAAGCCAAUUUUUCUUACUCAUUUGUCCAGUAUAAGCUGCCACGUGUCUAUGUGUGAAUACAGUCCAAGCACAAACCUG